CUCCAAGCUUUUCCACUCGUAUAGGACCCCACAGGUUCUAUAAUUCUUGUUCUUCCCUCAUCUGUCAAGAUCAAAAGAACUCAACCACCAAAACAAACACCCCCCCACCAGGCCACCACCACCUCCAGGAAUCUCUGUUGAGUCUGCCAAAAUUCAAUGGAAGAUUACAACAGAUCAAGAUCAUAUGGAAAUGGGAUGAUGCAGCUGGAUACCUACCAUGGACCACCUAGGCCUUCAGCUUCUUAUGAUCUCCGGUGCUAUAGUGCUUCCUAUGCACAGUCCCAGAUGGCUAACAACUAUAACACAGGCAACAACAGGGACUUCAAGUUGAAGAAAGGGAAGAGUACUUCUGGCUCAUCUUCUUCAAAGUCAUGGAGCUUUGCUGACCCUGAGUUCCAGAGGAAGAAAAGGGUUGCUAGUUACAAGAUGUAUAGCGUGGAAGGUAAGGUCAAAGGGUCCUUGAGGAGGAGCUUUAGGUGGCUUAAAGAUAAGUACACACAAGUUGUCUAUGGCUGGUGGUGAUUUGGGCAGUUGGGCUUUUGCUAUUUGUUGCUCUUCUCUUUAUGUUUUUCUUGCUUGUAUCCAAGGUAUGUGUGAAAAAAAUUUUCAAUUCUUGUGUCAAAAGGAAGAUUUUCUUUAAAAAUUCUUGAUGUGGUUGGCCACAUGUGGGCUAGCUUGAUUGUAAAUUUGGUUACUGCUGCGCUAUAACCUGGAAACAAUUUUCUGGGUGUAUAUUUACAAUUUUACAUGUUGGUUCCUUUCAAAAUUCUUGGUGGUCUCAUUAUCAUAAGGCGUUGACCCCCUAGUUUGGAGGUUUCUUUUAUAGUCUUAUUCUAUAUAUUGAAUCGUUGAUUA